UCAGCUCCCCUCCCCCCACCCCUCCCCCCGUUCAUGGCCCCACCGGACUCGGCCCCUGCGCCCGGGGCCCGGGCCCAGCCCCGCUGCGCUAUGCCUGGGUCGGGCGCGCCCCGGCCUGCGCCCCGCCGCUGUCGCCCCCCGGCCCCAGCGUCGCCCCGCAGCCCGGGCCGCAGUCUGCGUCGCCCGCAGCAGCCCUGAGCCGGAGCCCGCACGCUGCCCGGGGACGGAGGCGCAGGAAGCGCGCGCCGACCGAGACCGGAGGAGGGAGCGGGAAGGAGAGCGCCGCCGCGGGCCCUGCGCUCCUCCGGGCGCCGCGCGGCCCUGCCCUGGGGCUCGGUGUGCGCGGGGCGGCGCAGCGGAACAUGACGGCGCCCUGGGCGGCCCUCGCCCUCCUUUGGGGAUCGCUGUGCGCUGGUUCUGGGCGUGGGGAGGCCGAGACAAGGGAGUGCAUCUACUACAACGCCAACUGGGAGCUGGAGCGCACCAACCAGAGCGGCCUGGAGCGCUGCGAGGGCGAGCAGGACAAGCGGCUGCACUGCUACGCCUCCUGGCGCAACAGCUCGGGCACCAUCGAGCUUGUCAAGAAGGGCUGCUGGCUGGACGACUUCAACUGCUACGACAGGCAGGAGUGUGUGGCCACCGAGGAGAACCCCCAAGUGUAUUUCUGCUGCUGUGAAGGCAACUUCUGCAACGAGCGCUUCACCCACCUGCCGGAAGCAGGGGGCCCAGAAGUCACGUACGAGCCACCCCCGACAGCCCCCACCCUGCUCACGGUGCUGGCCUACUCGCUGCUGCCCAUUGGGGGCCUCUCCCUCAUUGUCCUGCUGGCCUUCUGGAUGUAUCGACAUCGCAAGCCCCCCUAUGGCCAUGUGGAUAUCCAUGAGGACCCUGGGCCUCCGCCUCCAUCCCCUCUGGUGGGCCUGAAGCCACUGCAGCUGUUGGAGAUCAAGGCUCGGGGGCGCUUUGGCUGUGUUUGGAAGGCCCAGCUCAUGAACGACUUUGUGGCUGUUAAGAUCUUUCCACUCCAGGACAAGCAGUCAUGGCAGAGUGAACGAGAGAUCUUCAGCACACCUGGCAUGAAGCACGAGAACUUGUUGCAGUUCAUUGCUGCCGAGAAGCGAGGCUCCAACCUCGAGGUGGAGCUGUGGCUCAUCACGGCCUUCCAUGACAAGGGCUCCCUCACGGAUUACCUCAAGGGGAACAUCAUCACGUGGAAUGAACUGUGUCACGUGGCAGAGACGAUGUCGCGAGGCCUCUCGUACCUGCAUGAGGAUGUACCUUGGUGCCGUGGCGAGGGCCACAAGCCGUCUAUCGCCCACAGGGACUUUAAGAGCAAGAAUGUAUUGCUGAAGAGUGACCUCACAGCUGUGCUGGCUGACUUUGGCCUGGCCGUUCGGUUUGAGCCAGGGAAACCACCAGGGGACACCCACGGCCAGGUAGGCACCAGACGGUACAUGGCGCCCGAGGUGCUAGAGGGCGCUAUCAACUUCCAACGAGACGCCUUCCUGCGCAUCGACAUGUACGCUAUGGGCCUGGUGCUCUGGGAGCUUGUGUCUCGCUGUAAGGCUGCAGAUGGACCUGUGGAUGAGUAUAUGCUUCCCUUUGAGGAAGAGAUUGGCCAGCACCCUUCUCUAGAGGAGCUGCAGGAGGUGGUUGUGCACAAGAAGAUGAGGCCUACCAUUAAGGAUCACUGGCUGAAGCACCCGGGCCUGGCCCAGCUCUGCGUGACCAUCGAGGAGUGCUGGGACCACGAUGCAGAGGCUCGCCUGUCUGCGGGCUGUGUGGAGGAGCGAGUAUCCCUGAUCCGGAGGUCGGUCAACGGCACUACCUCGGACUGUCUUGUCUCCUUGGUGACCUCCGUCACCAAUGUGGACCUGCCCCCUAAGGAGUCCAGCAUCUAAUAAGCCCAGGAUGUGUCUCUCCAGACUCAGCGGAUCUGAAGAAAAAAAGUUGUGUUUUGUUUUGGAAAUCUUAUAAAACCAACAAACACAUAAAAUGCAGCUGCUAUUUUACCUUGACUUUUUAUUAUUAUUAUAAUUAUUAUAAUUAUUAUUAUUAAUAUUAUUUUUGGAUUGGAUCAGUUUUUACCAGCAUAUUGCUCUACUGUAUUGUGAACAGUGGACACGUCAGCAGGCGCUGAGGUGCUGAGCUGUGAAUGCAGAACCAGCGCUGUGCUGAAGAGCCUCGGCCACCUCCUGUCCUUGGGGAGUCAUUUUCCCACUUUCUCUUCAUUUGUUGUCUCAGAAUCUGUGACACAAAGAAACCCAUCUCCUGUCUUAGGAAACUUAAUGCUGCAAACUCUACUAGAGGAAACUUUGAAGACUGUUACAUAAAAAUAUACCUUCCUCAGAAGAGGCUUUCCUCCCCUCCACUCGUACCCCACUCCCCACCUUUAUUUUGUGUUUCUCCCUUUCUAGGCAGUGAGCUAAGAAACAGCAGAUGUGUCUUUCACGGAUCUAACGGGUGUGUCCUGACCAAGGAGAACUGGGCUGAGGACAAAGGAUGGUUUGGACUGGAGUUGGGAGGGGAGGAAGUGCUGGGUGGGGGUUGGAACAGAGCUACACUGGACUCGGGCACAGGCGAGCAACAUCCUUUGCUGUGGAGGCUGCUUCUCAGGUAACCAGGAAUCGAGGGCAAGGAUCGUAUGUGCCGAGCAUUAAUGGCAAUGUGGGGUCUGGAGAAAGUGAGACCCGGGCGGCUCAGGGUCCCGACCAGUGUUUUUCCAGUAACUUUUGGGCAUGGCCGUAAGAUGAAACAUUUCUUUCUGUCCAGAUUUUAAGAUGACGCCAGGGCAGAAACCAUGAUUUCGUGGACAUUCUUCAUAAGAUGCAAUUCUGUAAAUAUCUUUAAUGGAGGAAAAAUGAAACCCUGCUUCCUCCUAGAGCUAGCAGUUCGCAAAAUGCCCCUGGGGCCCCUGACAGCUGGGGCUAGUGGGUCCCUGAGCAGCUCCCGGGAGCUGCACCUCUGGCUCUGGCUCCGCCCUUCCUGUGGCUGGUGGUGCAGCUUCUCCAGACCCUUGAAGUGGUGCAGAGCCUAAACAACUCCAUAUUUUGCCAUAACCUUGCUCUAGUCAGCGAAUGUUCCUGAUGCUGCUGUUUCGACGUUUGAACUUUUUAAUUUAUGGAACAUACUAAAUUUGUUUUCGACAAAACGUACACAUCUACAUAUACACACAAGCUUUGCUAUGUGGCUUCCGAGGUUUAAAUUUUAAGAAAAAAGAAUUAAAACUUCACGACCACAGACCACCUCAAACCAGAAAUACCUCAGAAUUUUCUACUUGUAUAAGUUUUAUUAUGUAUUUUUGUUAGUUGUGUUGUCUUGUAGUAAGUAUAUUUUAAUGUAAGUUGGCUUUUAUGACAAGGAAGUUUUAAAAAUAGAGAAAACACAUUUGUGUCUUUUAGGGAGUACUACUAUUUUUGUUUGAUAAAACCCCCUUGUAAAUAUUUGUCAUUGGCUGUAAGUAGGUUGGUUGUCUGGGCUGAGUCUGGGCAUUUAUCACUUUUGUUGGGAAGACUUUUCUGUAGACUGUUUAUUUAAAAGCUUCACAUCUCUUGAAUCUUUAUAGUGUGUAUGAGUGGUUUGGGAAGGGCAAGCUUGAGCCCUGGGUGAACUGAGGGGACUUCCUCCGGGCCGAGCAGGGCUCAGAUGUUGCCUGAGACUCGACGGGUCAGUGUUGAGAAUGACAGCUCCACUUGAGCUUGGUGGAAGUGGCCACUAGGCCCACAUGAAUUAAUUUUACUUGAGAUCUAACUCCUUCAGGUCAGUGGUGGUGUCCCUGAGGAGAUGGGCAGUGCUUGCCUGCGGUUCUAGAGGAGGGCACCUGGGUGCAGGGUCUUGCCCUUUGCUGGCCCCUGCGUCCUGCUCAGUGUGCUGUGUGUGGCAUCUCAGCCUACUGUGGCGGUGGCCGUUGCUCUGGGGUGGGGCUCAGGGUGCUGGAGGAAGCUAGUUUGCUCCCCUCAGAGCUCGGUGUGUGCUUCACGGGUCAACAUGUGGUCUGGCCAGAUGGUUAUGGGGACAGGCGUUUUGUUUUUGUUUUUGUAAGCUAUGUUGUCGUUUCCCUCAGAAUAAGUUUAAACCACAAAGCAGGCCUUACAGCAGUUGCUUUUCUUUGCCACUUGUUUCUUUACGAAGCUUUAAAGUAUUUAUUGAAAAGUGCCAUAUCUACUUUCUUUAGCUUUCUUCUCAGGCAGUGGGGGCAUCUCUACUUUUCUCCCUCAGAAGAAACAAAAUUAGCAAUUCACUAAAGGAAUAAUCAGAUCACCAACCCUACCUAGUGCCAAACACUCAACCCCAGCUUUCUCUUUGGUUUUAGGUUUCCUCUGGGUGCUUUUCCCAUCUGUGCUGGUUGGAUUCGUGGAGGUGUUGCCUGGCUGAGGCAGUGUUGAGCUGUGGCUCUGAUGUGGACUCUUCAGUCAGGACACAGUGCAGCAGGCUCGCCUGAUGUCUUUCCUCUUGAGUGGCUUCCUUCUUCCUUGACUCUGUGCCUAGAUGCUGAAGUGUCCCUGUGGAGCCUUGCCAUCAGAAUGAAGUGCCAGGAGUUGGUACCUGUUUGGCGUGGCUGGGUAAAGGGAGAGACUGAGGGUCUGUGUCUAGGGAGUCAGUCUGUCGCUUCCCUUAUGCCGUGGUGUAGAAUGUGCUCCUCUAUGUAUACCUGGUUGCCAAUGCUAAAAGAUGGGUGAUUUCCUUCUAGGGGGUGGCUCUGGGGGCUCCUUUGCCCAAAGUGUCUGCUGUCACGUGCUGUCUGAGGAGAGCCCUAAGUUUGCAUUGAUGAUGAUGGCAGUUGGGUCACAGGGCCUCUGCCUGUGCUGUUUUCCACAUGCCAUGCAAUGUCCAUUUUGAGAAACUCAGAGAAUUCUUUUUUUUUUUUUUUUUUUUUGCUUGAAGUACUGUGGACCAUGAGUCCAGUGUGGCCUGUCAUCUUUCCUCGCCCAUGGGAGGGGCUGUUGUAUCCAGGUGACAGAGAUGCAGCCAAGGAUCCUUGCUCCUUCCUUUCCAGUGUAGAGUUGUCUAAGCAGGCUUCUGAUGAGGAUGAGCUUUCUCAGAGACUGUGUUGCUUGAAAGCACCUGUGAGAACAGUGUAACGUCAUGGAUAGUUAGAGAAACCCAGGAUGAGCCAGGUAAAAACAAGAGCCACUGUGUCAUAGGGGCCUGCAGGUGGCCCUGAGUGACGAGGGAACCCCAUGGACAUAGUCACCAGAGCACCCUGGGACCAUGGUAGAGCUGUUGUUUUCCUAGGACCAUUGGUCUGUAGCAUUAGGAGGCAAGGGAUAUAGAUGGGAUCUUCAGGGGAGAAGGGGACCUGGCCGGCUGCAAGGCAAAAUGGUGCCAGCUGCUUUUGACUCUGAAUUCUUUCUGUCUGUACUCGGGGGUGUGAGGGCAGAAAGAAGACAUUGCCUAGCUCUGUAUAUCUGUAGGAGGCAAGGGCCUCAUCCUCUGCAGGUCACAAAGCUUGCCUGGAGAAGGACAGGGCUCGAUGAUUUAGAAAGUGCAGUAUGUGAUUUUGUAGUUUUCUCUGUGGCCUAUUCUAUUUGGCUAUGUUCUUAUCACCUCUCAGGCUCUGUGUGUGGCUUUUCUCUUGGAAGCCCACCUGUGUAUUGACUGUCCUUGUGCUCUGGCUGAGAAGGUCUGUCAUGUGGCCUCGGGGCUUGAGACAGGAAGGCAGUCCCAUCCAGAGUGGGAAGACCAGAUGGCUGCCUCAUAACAGAACUGUGCCUUUUUAAUGUAGUGUAAAAUUUCUAAGCACUUACUGAUAAUACAAGGAUUGGCAUUUGGUUUUCUCUUCCCUAAAUCAUUAGUAAGCAGAAGUUUUUAGACUCUGUACUAGAGGUACAGUCGUUAUUCUAAAGAAUUUGGCUUGCCAGCAAAAUAGCUAAAUUGGAAAGCGGUUUCCAGUAGUUCUUUCAGUUUGAUCUUUAGUCUUAGCUGUCUUAGGCUGUUGGAUUUCAGUGGCACGUCUUUGGAGAGAAAGCCAGGCCUGGCUACAUCUGUGGGUAUGAGAACACACCUUUCUGAGCCACCCAGCACAUCUCCUCAUCGCUGUGGUCCUCCAGAGGAACUGCCAGAGAAGGGGGCAAGGUGGCUUCUUAGUUUGCUAAGGGAAAUUUCCUUGGUCAGUAUCUGUGAAAAAAACUAAACUAAUAAAAUACUCAGCAGCUAAUGUGUCAGGAGGAAUGAGGAGUUUAACUCUACAUCAAUAUUGUCUUUUAGAUAAAAGGCCCAAUACUUCAGUAGAUGAACUGUGUAUCUUCUCAGUCUAGAUUUUAAAGGUUUAAUGCAUUCAGGGUUACACACAUGGUUCUUUAGGUAAGAUUUGGGUAGUUGAUUUGUAACUAGCAGUCUACCUGUGAAUGUGUCCCAGACCUUUAGAAAACUUGGAAAAGUUUUUUGAGAUAAUAAUUUAGUUUUGUAGAAAAAAAAGUUCAAACACUCCCUUGGAAAUUAAUUCAGUUAACCAACCACAUUUUAAAAAAUAAUUUGAGUUCCAAAGGCCCAGCAAGCUACAUGAGGUGUCACCUACCUAUAAUUCUAGCAUUUAGAAGGCUGAAGCAGGAGGCUCAUCACAAGUUUAAGGUCAGGUUGGGCUACAUAGAGAGCUCAAGGUCAGCCUGAACUACAUAGCAAGACUUUGUCUCAAAAAAAAAAAAACCCCAUCAGACUAGCAACAUGUAAAAGUCCAAAUUAUUUAGGGGGCUAUUUUGAGUGUUGCUAUUUUAUACCCUCUCUGGGUUCACUGUGAACUUUGGUUUUGAUAAGAGAACUUCCAAUUACUCACACACCAAGUCCUGGAGAUUAAAUCCAGGACCUUCAUACUGAGCUUCAACCCCAGCUCUUUAAUUUUAAUUUUGUAUUUAGAGGCUGAGUUUCACUGUAAGUGGCUAACUUGUCUGAGUUGGUCCUAAACUUGGGAUCUUCAUGUCUCAGCCUUUUAGAGUGCUAUAAGAAGGCACCACCGCACCUGACCUUGAAUGAAACUUUAAAUUGAAGGAAUUUAUCAUUAUUUCCGUUUGUCUGGGGUUUAACAUUUUCAUGGUGGUAUCUUCCAGGUAUGAAUGAAUGUGGUACGCUCUGUAUCCCUGUAGUGCCAGAACCAGUGAUGGCUUCAUUUGCUCCUAUGGCAGCGCAUAGACAUAACAGAGUAGUUUCUGCUAAGGAAUGAACAUGCGUGUUCUCUAAAUACCUGUGUGGUGACAGGCUCUGCACUGACAUUUUUCCCUCCGGGGCAGGGUUGUAUUGUCUAGGUCAGUGAUGGCAAACCUUUCAGAGCUUUCAGUGGUAACAAACAGCCAGCUGUGACAUUGCACCAUGGGUUUGCAUACACUGGGCUAAGGCUUAGACAAUUCUUACAACUGUUGUAAACCAGCAUGGGGCACUAAAAACAUAUACACAAGGCCACAUGGAUAUAUGCAGUGUGUAUUGGAUGCCUGCAGAAAAGUGUUACAUUCAUUUGCAAAGUUUAGGUUUUUAAGCUCAACAGUUACGAAAAAUGUGAUCCAUUAGUGUUUCAGGCCAAUGAGGAUGGGUUUUUGUGAAUGAGUGAAUUCUGUCUUAAGUCUUGGAAACUUGCACUCUUGGUUGGGUAUGGGCCCAUUCCCUGACUUUCUAGUCAUGUUUGCAUCAAUGUUGUUAGAUAGCCUUGUAAAUAAAAGAAUAGGUUAUAUAAGAGAGACACAACACUUGAAAUUUUACUUUAAAAAUCUAUAGCUCUACAUAUAUAUUUAGUUAUGUCACCCGACAGAUUUCUUCUACACAGUGUGGAGAUUGUUUUAUACCACAGAUUAUUUUUAUAAAGCCUAGUGAGUUUGAAUAAGAAUGCUUUUGUAAUCCGAGCUGAUGAGCUUUACCUUUCAAGAUAAGCAUACACUGGAGCAUGAGUGGUGUGCAACUGUUAGUGCUCACAUGAACUCCUGUAUACACUGGAGCCUACAGUCAGCUUGUCGGUCUCCUUUGGCCAGAACUCCUUUUGGGGCAGUGUAGCAGAGCCAGGCUUCAGUGUGGCUCCUUGCGGAUUGGGAGGGAAUGGGCUGGGAGAGGGAAGUGUGUGUGACUUUCGUGCUUCCUCCUGAAAUUUCCUUUUGAACAAAGGAUUCUGAAAUGAAUGAUUCAUUUGUAAGUUCUUAUCACAAAAUAUAAUUGCAUGAGAGUAUUUGGGGGAACACACUGUGUGGGGGUGCACACUGGGGUAGGACAGGGCUGGAAUAAAUACGAUUUAGGUUAAUAUGAAAUAAGGAUUUGGUGUUUCUAGUUCCACCAAAUUGAACUAUCUAGGACCAGAUUUUCCAGUCGAGUAAUUCUUCAGAAACAGGACCCAGUGAUCCUGUUAAAUGGAGAACUGCCAGUACAUGUGUCUCCUAUGGUCAGCGCUGUUGUGGAGAUGAGAGUGGCUGGGCUGGCUCACUGUCCAGCAACAGAGGAAGCCCUCCACGUGUCCACAGAGCUCCCGCCAAGCUCAGCGUUACUGCCACUGUGUGGGAGGUGGUCUUCACUUCAGCCUUUUUUCAGGUAGAUGGUUAUUUGGGGGGAACUCUUGCAGGGGAAAGGGAAGAGAAUAAGCUAAAUUGUAGUACUCUCUGAGGUUAAGGUGAAGACUUGUCCCCCAUAUCCUGCCUGCUGGCUUCAGGCUGUGGCUUCCAGAGGGACACUGGAUGUAGUUUUGUUAAAAACACUCUUUUAUGUCAUUUUAAAAUAGUCUGUUCAUUCUGCUUUAGAGGUUAGUUUUACACUUCAGCCCUUUUAUACUGUAUCUACCACCCCAGGAAUCAACUUAGCUUUGGAUCUAGCACUCCAGGAAUCAACCCAUCACUGUUUUUUCUGUUCCCCAUACGAGAACAUUUCUUGCUCUCCAGCCACCUGUCUAGGAAUGUAAUUCUGUUGUGCCUUUGUUUUUGUCACCCACUUCCCCCAAAAGCAACUGCUGUAAGCUUUUGUCCUCCGUGUCUUUUGUAGUCCCAAGCCUUUCUUCCUUUCUCCUGGCUCUAAUUUCUGGAUACACUUCUGUGAUCCAGGUAUUUUAAGAACCACUUACCUCAGACCUUAAGUUGAACAGUGUCACCAUCCGGGUCCUCUUGAUACUGCAGAUUUAACAUCAUACGCAGGAGCCCUGCCUUGUGGAGGCACUUGUUUCAAAGCAGAACUCUCUCCCAGGACUGACACGGGAGCUUCUGGCGAGCUUACCCUAGUACUGUGCAGGGUUGCCGUGGAGAGUCGCCUGAGCUCCUCUGAGUUCUGCCGUUUUCAGUAUUCUCAUGCCUGUCCAAAGAGGCAAAACAACUUGACUGGCUGGUCUUACAUGUAAAUUAGUUCCAAAGAUGAGCUCUUUAUAACACAAUUCUAGUUGCUAAAGCUCAAAUGUAGAACAUUCCUUUAAAUGGCAAGAUAAAAACCCACCAUCCACCACAGUGCAUUUUGGGAAGGUACUUAUAGCUUAUGUGCUGUGAAAUCAGGCUUUGUGGGAUAUGGCUGUUUGUCAUUGUGACGUAUUUUAAAUAAAUAUUUUUAAAGAGCCUUUUCUACCAUUUCAAAAGCUUAAUAAACCAGCAGUCACACCUGAAUUUUUGUCUCUGAGGCAUACAUGGCAGACCAAGAUUAAAAGUAGUAACAGCAUGUGAGCCACAUGCCUGGGCUGUCCUGCUGUCCUGCUAAGCAUGGACACUGCGAGCAGUGUGCUCCCAGCAGGCCCCAGCUCAGCCUUCUGAGUGUUGGGUUCUGCCCUUUCAGUGGACUGUGGACUUCAGUCCCUGAAAUGCUUUAGCCCAAGUGAGGGUUUCUCAGAGCACUGCCACAAAUUAAGUGUAUGUUUAGCCAAAUAAUUUUUCCAUAAGGGAAAAUACAGUCAUCUGAAUUUCACCAACAGUGACACAGAGAAGAGUAGGAAAGAUCAGGUAACAUCUGAAUUUUAAUUUGAAAAGUGUUGAAGUCCUUGCCAGGAGCCAUCUAGGAGCAAGGGGUUGUUGGGAGGUUCUUCAGGAGACUCCAUUUGAAAUGCUAAGACCACCAGCGAGGGAAUCAGUUGUUUCAAUGAGAGCGACUUUUUCCCCCUCUUUUUUCUAGAAUUCUGUAAAAAUGCAACGGAAAUUGAGUAGAAUUGAAGGAGAGGGUUACCGCAGAUGAGAACAUGUUUCUAGAUUUCAGUCCCACAUCACAAACUCACAUACUGCCAUUUUUCAACUGUACAAAAGAAUCUGCUUAGAGAUUUGACAUGAUCUUAAUGGUAAUGGCAAAGGCCAAAGUUUUCACCUGUUAUAUUUUCCACAUUUGUCCUUGAAUCUAAAUAACUAUACAGUACUGUAAAUUUAACUUACAUUGCAUUUGAUGUCAACUCUUGUGAAAAGAGCUUUCUGCAUGUGAUAGACAUUGAAUUAAAGAACACGGCAGAGUAUAAAACUUGCAGGAACAGUUUUGAGUCAACAGAAAAUGCCACCUUUUAUUUAACAUCUUGUAUGUCAGUUUUACCAGCUACUUCUAAAUUUGUACAUUAUUUGUAAGGAAAAGAAGGCAAACCCUAAGACUUGUCUAACUUAGUAGAGAAUGUGUGUGUUGGGCUUAGGAUGGUAGCUGAGUCUUACUGGGCUGUGUUAUCUAACUUGUACAAAUUGUAAUUAAGAGUUUGGAUUCAUCUGUUUCUCACAAUUUAAAAUGAGGAGUAACCACAGACUCUGGAAUUGUGACUGGUAUAUGAUUUAAGGUUUUAGACGUGAGGAAGCUCUUGCAAGUGAUAAAAAUAAAGACUUCUAGUUUUUGGCUCAAAAUCAAUAAGUACUGUUUGUAUACCAGGAUAUGUGAGAUGUAAAUGUAGUAGGUCACUUUUCACCCUUGUAGCUAUAAAAUAAAAAUUUUGUAGGACAGAAAUAGCUUGUACUACUGAAUUAACAAAAGUUACACUAAAGUAUCCUGUUUUAAAAUAUAUGCAUAUAUAUAUACAGAGUUAAGCUUGUGCUGUUACCCUGUCUGAAUUUGAAAAAUGUGCCGAUUUAUAUAUAUAUAUUACACACACGUACACACAUGCACUCACGUGCACCCAUCUAAAAUGGCCUGAAGCAGACGUCUGUGUAAUUACAGUUGCAAAAUGAAGCAUUUUGGAAAGAACAUUGUAUAAUAGUUCAUUCAUUUGCAGUGGAUCUUUGUUCCUUUUUACUGUGGUAAUUUUAGAAAUGAGUGUCAAGUUUGAAAUUAGCUCUGCUAAGUUGGGGUUUUGCUGCUUAAACUCUGCACUGGGUCCUCAAACCGAUGUGAAUGUAGUCCUCCCACCCCUUCCCUGUGUGAAGAAGCAGCCACACCCCAACAGAUAGGAGGAAAAAUCUAGAACUAUUUCAAGUUUAUCUUUUUGUAUAUGAAAAUAAAAUAAUCAUAAUAAAACAA